UCUAAACCAGGACUAAACCAGAUCUAAACCAGAUCUAAACCAGGACUAGACCAGGACUCUUUGGGGGGUGAGGAGGUCAUGUGAUCAGGACACAUGGAGCAGAUUUAAAUAGAACAGAGUCACACUCGUCAACAACAGGAACGACCAGGAGCCAUGGGCGUGGAGCGGCGUCUGGACGUCCCCGUGUACGACCUGUCCGCGCUCAGGGGCCUGUGGGAGGGACGAGCGACCAAACAGAGACUCAGGGAGAAGAGAGAGAGAGAGCGACGGGAACAGAGCGCCCUCGCCAGGAUCGAUCAGGAGUGGCAGUUCAGGAUUUACUGUAAAAGUCUGAAGAGAGACGAGAAGAACGCACUGCACCGCUACCUGGAGAGGUCCCACCCCGGCAACCAGCCCGGUCAGAAGUUUCCUCAGACCGAAGAAGAAUCUGAAAACCUGGUCUUCAGACUGGAGGGAGACAAAUGGAUGUCUUUCCCGAAGGAGCUGCAGUGGAUGACGUACCUCACAGAGUGGUACGUGACCCACACUCGGAUCCAGAGACUUCCCGAGUUCUUGGACCAGUUUUCCAAACUGACGAUCAUGGACCUGUCCAAGAACCAGAUCUGUGAAGUCCCGCCCGAGAUCGGAAAACUCUCGUCGCUGAAGGAGCUGAACUUGAGCUUUAAUCGUCUGAUGAAGGUUCCUCUGGAGCUCGGCGACUGUGAGGAGCUGCAGAGACUCGAGCUCGCCGGGAACCGACUCUGUGAGCUGCCCUUCGAGCUGAGUUCCCUGAAGCAGCUCCACCUGCUGGACGUGUCAGAAAACUGUCUGGUGUCUCUGCCCAUCUGUGUCCUGAGGAUGGACUCUCUGAAGACCCUGGACCUGAGCAACAACCGACUCAAAGACCUGCCCGAGGACAUGGACCGCCUGUGGAGCCUGGAGUCCCUGUUCAUCCAUAAGAAUCACCUGUCGUACCUGCCGCAGAGUCUGGGCCUGAUCAGCUCCUUGAACAUGGUGAUCGUGAGCGGAGACGAACUCACCUGCCUCCCCACCAGACUCUGCAGUAGCCCCGACAUCAAGUUCAUUCGUUUGUAUGAUUCUCCGACGCUGCAGCAGAAGCAGAAGAAGGAGGAGGAUCAGAAGAGGAAAGAGGAACAGAGGAGAACCUGGAGAGGAGCAGAACAUCAGGAGAGAGACACUUCCGAGAAAGAGUUCCUCCAGGCCUACGUCAGCACGCUCGCCCACAGAGAGUCUGUCCCGUACGCCACCACCAAGAUCUCCAUCUCCUGUCAGCUCUGAGGAAACGAAGAAGACGAGAAGGAGAGAAGAAGACGACGACGAGGAGUUUAGAGGAGAGAGGGAGGAAGGGAGAGUUGAGGAGAAGAAGCUUUUUGUAAGGUUUUUUUUUUUUUUGGUUGUUUU